AGCGCCUGUUACAUCGUCCGCAGGAGGCGCCCGUAGUGGUUCAACCCGUGCACCAGAUCAUUUAAGAUGAGUUACCGGCAGAUUUCGCCCGAACUACAGGCUAUAGCGCAGAAGAAUCUGAAUGAGGACCCCAAGAGGAGGGACGAAGACAUCAAGCACAUCAAGGAGUGGCUGAAGAAGCAGCCCCACCUCAAGGCUCGCGAUGACGACCAGUGGAUCCUGACGUUCCUGCGCGGCUGCAAGUUCUCGCUGGAGAAGACUAAGCACAAGCUGGACAUGUUCUACACGAUGCGCUCCGCGCUGCCGGAGAUAUUUACCAACAGGGACCCCUUCUCGCCGAUAGCCCAGAAGUAUCUCAACUCUGCGGCCGUAGUGCAGCUGCCGGAACGAGACCCGAAGGGCAGACGUGUGACCCUGCUGCGCGCAGGCAAGCUGGCACCGGGCACCUUUCCACCGGAGGAGCAGGCCAAAGUCGACUUCAUGAGUGGCGACGCCACCUUGUGGGAGGACGACGCCACCAUCAUCUGCGGCGAGGUGCUCAUCCAGGACAUGCAGGGCGCCACCAUGGCGCACUUCACCGCCAUGUCGCCCUGGCUGAUGCGGCGCAUCAUGACCUGCUACCAGGAAGCAUAUCCGCUUCGGCCUCAAGGCUUCCACAUUAUCAACAGCAAUCCUGGCCUCGAGAAAAUAUUCUCGUUUUUCGAGGGUUUCCUUAAAGAGAAGUUCAAGAAAAGGAUGUUCAUCCAUCCCAAUCUGGAGUCUCUUUAUAAGCACGUCCCCAAGAAGAUUUUGCCAGAGGAGUACGGAGGAGAAGCAGGACCUAUUGAAAAAUUGCAAAAUACGUGGAAAGAGCGCGUUGAGAGGAAUGCGGCGUUCUUCAAGGAGGACGAGAAGUACGGGGUGGACGAGUCGAAGCGGCCCGGCAAACCCAAGACGCACACCGACCUGUUCGGCGUGGAGGGCUCCUUCCGACAGCUCUCCGUGGACUGAGCACGAUUCUCUGCCGACCUAUUGUCUUUACUCUUGUCAAAGGCCAUUCUUAGUGGUACUACUGUUAUAUGCUCCUACUGUAAAAUACUACCGAUGAAUUUGAGAAUAAAAUUACUUUGCUUUCAAA